GCCUUUCUGGUGUUCUAUCAACCUCUUCCUCCAUUUGCCUGGUGUCCAGCUCCAGCCCAGCCCUCUCUGCUGGCACACUCCCCGCAGUCUCCCACCAGGACCCCAAAGAGAGCAGAACUUGCUGAAGAUGGCGGGAGAGAGGAACCAACCACCCAUGGAAAAUAGACUCCAGGAAGAUGGCAGGGGCAGCAGCAGACAGAUGUCCGCAGGCAUGGGGACAGCAGACAGAGGUGAGGUGGCCCCUGCGGCCCCGCAGCCCACCCACAUCGAUGUGCACAUCCACCAGGAGUCAGCUCUGGCCAAACUCCUGAUAAGUGGGUGCUCCCUGCUUCGUUCCUCCGCCUCCGGCGCCCUCUCCCAGGCCUGGGGCAGGAGCCGGCUGCAGGUGGCCUCCUGGGUGGUACAGAUCGUGCUGGGGGUGUUGAGUGGGGUUCUGGGGAGUUUCCUGUACAUUUUCUGCUCUUCCGCCUUGUAUGACUUCGGAGCUGCCAUAUGGAUGGGGGCUGUGGCUGUGCUGGCCGGAGCUGCUGCCUUCAUUUAUGAGAAGCGGGGUGGCACCUUCUGGGCCUUGCUGAGGGCCCUGCUUACCCUGGCAGCGUUCUCCACGGCUAUUGCCGCCAUCAUCAUUGGGGCUAAUAAUAUCCGUUUUGGACACCUUGAUUUGGGAGACUAUCUCUGUGAUGUCUACUCGAGUGGCUGGUAUGGGGCCACCCUGCCCCCCAGCACUUCGAGUCCAGAAGAAACCAGAAGGCGGCACCUGUGCCUCUCCUAUCUGAACAUGCUGAAGGUCCUGAUCAGAAGCUUUCAGGCCAUCCUCUUGGGGGUUUGGGUUCUGCUGCUUCUGGCAUCUCUGGUCCCCACGUGCGUGUACUGUUGGGGACAGCUCCGACGUAAGAAAACAGAAUAAACGGCUACAAGUGAGUGAAAUCUAGCCCUGCUUCUCCUGAGUGCUCAAGGCUGGACUCUUCGCGGACUGCGUGUGCCUGCCUCUGGCUGCAGGGAGAAGGACCAGGCUGGGGAAAAGAGAUUCUGCAGCAGCUCCAGUUAGCCUGCCUCACCGCUGUGCCCACUGCCCCGCCCCCAUCAUGACCGCAGCCCCUGCGGCCGGCUCACCGUCACUGUCCCGCCCUGCUUCACGUCCCCUCCUGAGCAGUGAUGAUAAUAAAUGACCUCCUGUUGCUCCUA